UACCUUUCAGUUGCGUUCGCGUUUCCAAACCGUUCAGAUGGGCAGGCGGCAGCGUCUAAGAUGCAUUUUUUGUUGCUGAAGCCGCACUGUGCUGUAAACCCGUGCGGUCGGUGCUCUUCCUCGUCCUUACUGUCGUCGCUGUCGCUGUCGGUGGUUUCAUCGUCGUCGUCGUCGUCAUUGCCGGACGUCGUGAGUGCGGUGGCAGCUGGUGCUACUACGGCUCCUUCUCCUGCUCCUAAUCCGGCUCCAGCAACUGCACAUGAAGCCCUGAGCGGGUCUAGCCGCAAAAAAGAAAGUGAUUUAUACGCCUAAAUGAAAUAUGCCUCCUGAGUGAGCCGGAACCCCGAGAACCGAGUCAAUUAAAGUUCAAUUAUGCGACCAAAACUGAAGGACAGGCCGCGCAAGCGUUUGAAAAUGCGACCGUUGAACUUCCACUGACUGACGGACCAUCGACCAAUCGACCAACUGCCAUACAAGUGUGUUCCCCAGCAUAAUCCCAGCAAUCGAUCAUAUCAGAGCCACCAUAUCGAAGCGAUUCCCGUGCAGGACUUAUCAACUCUAGGGAAAAGCCAGAUACAUAUAUACUAUAUAUCGUAAUGCUAGGGAUAAGUAACAAAGCCAAUACAAAUAUUUUCAAUUAGUGUGGCAUGUGCGCGGUAGUCUCAUUGUUGCAAUUGUUAUACUCUGUUGUACGUUUCUAGUUGUCCGCCGCCGCCGAGUCGUCGACGUCGCCUUUGUUUCGUUGUUGUCGUUGUCGUUGUGUCGUUGCUCAAGUUGCGGUAGCCGGUUGUAAAAGUUUCGUUGCACAGUUUUGGGGCACAGUGAGCGACGUGAAGCCGGAGCAAGUCAUCAAGAAUUUAACUCUGCCACAAAGCAAAUCAGUGUUCAAACUCCUCCACCGCCUGGCUAGCCCCUACUUUGCCACUGGCUGUAGCAUGAAGCUUGUUCGAAUGGAAAUCAAUCAAUUGCACAAUGGCAAGGCAAAGUGCAUGUAGUGUGAAAAAGUAAAUUAAUUGCACACAGCAGGACAUCAAAUUUAAGAAAUAGUCUGAACAACUGAGUGAAAAAAAAGCAAAACAAAAUUCGAAAGAGAAGAAAAAUUGUGAAAAAAUAACAUGUUCUGUCAUUUGUAAUUACAAACGAGCAUCACAAAGAAAAAACGAUAAGCCACACAUAAUUCAAAGUUACAAUAAAUUUAAAAACAAACUCAUACCUUAACGCGCGUGCAUAAAUAAAGCAAGGCAAAGUAUUUGCAGUUAAAUUAUCUGUGAUUUUUGUCAUCAUAUUCAAUACUAUAUCCAUUCGCGUCCGCGUGCAUAUCCCAGUUAUUUAAAGUGAAGUCCACCCAAUGCGUUCGGCUUAAAGGCAAUUCGAUUCGAUUCGUCGCUAUUCCGUUCGGUUCUUCGAUUUCUCGUUUAUUCGCGGCGGUUCGGCAUUUGUGCCCCAAGUGCUUCUUGCUACGCGGGUCCUGCUCCUGAAAAAUAGUGAGAGGAGAGGUGUAAAUAUCGUACAAAAUGGCAAUGGUCAUAUCGACGCGUGCGAAACUCGUGAUUACCGCGCUGAUUCUGUUCUUCCUCCUCGGCAUCGUACUCGUCACGGGCUCCACGAAGGGAUGGUUCAAUCCCAACCGCUACAACGGCGAGCGGGUGGCAGCUAGGAUACAGGCAACGGACAUCUUCGACGCCAGUGGCAUGCAGCCCCCAGGACAGACGCAGUACACUCACGAGCGACCAUAUCGCGGCAUCAAGGGCGAGAAGGGUGAGCGCGGGCCAAAGGGCGACAGUAUACGUGGCCCCCCAGGACCACCGGGCCCCCCUGGGCCCAAAGGCGAAGCGGCUGCCUAUCCACCCUUUGUGGAGACAACGAGUGCUGGGGCUAAAUACACUGGCGAAUGUACAUGUAAUGCGUCUGAUAUCCUAGAAGCCAUCAAGGACAACGAGUCGUUGCGGGAAACGUUGCGCGGUGCGCCCGGUGCGCAGGGCAAGGACGGGAAGCCAGGCACCCCUGGUCACACCGGAGCCACCGGCGUGCCUGGAGCUCGAGGCGCCCGGGGUGCAGAAGGUGCCCAGGGGCAGAAGGGCGAGCCAGGCGUCGAUGGUCUGCCAGGAGUCGCCGGUCCGCCGGGGCCAGCAGGCCCGCCUGGUUUGCCCGAGAACUACGAUGAGUCCUUAAUGGUCAACUCGAUGGGCACAUUCCGGGGCACGACGCAGCCUGGACCCAAAGGUGUGUCUGGCGAGAAAGGUGAAGCGGGCCAGAAGGGCGAACGCGGCGAUCCGGGUCACAAAGGUACGCACGGGUCCAACGGCGCAAAGGGGGAGCCCGGCGAGCCUGGCACCCCCGGGUUGCCCGGUCUCCCUGGACAGGCUGGCCAGCCGGGUGGACUCGAGGGCCUCUCCGCCAACGGAACCAAGGGCGAGAAGGGCGAGAAGGGAAUGCGCGGGCGGCGCGGAGGCACCGGCUCCACUGGACCGAUUGGGCCGCCUGGGAAACCUGGAGCAGUGGGCGAUAUUGGACACUCGGGCCGACCUGGCAUGACAGGACCAAAGGGUGAGAUGGGACCAAAGGGUCCCAAAGGAGAUUCUGGCGGCCGCGAAGGGCCCAAAGGUGAGAAGGGUGACACUGGCCAGGAUGGACGUGAUGGACUGCCAGGACCUCCAGGACUACCCGCCUCGAGCGGCGGUGACGGAGACAGCAGUGGCGUCCAGUACAUACCAAUGGCUGGGCCACCUGGGCCCCCGGGACCCCCUGGCUUGCCGGGGCUGUCGAUAUCAGGCCCCAAGGGAGAGCCCGGCGUGGAUUCGCGAAGCUUCUUUGGCGACGCCUCAUACUACGGGCGACCAGGUGCGCGCUCAUCUUUAGACGAACUCAAAGCACUGCGAGAGCUGCAAGACCUUCGCGAUCGUCCCGACGGCACAGCCGAGGCUCCUCGUCAGCCGGGACACUCACAUAAACACGAAGAAGCCUUGGGGCCUGCAGUAGGCGAGGAACCAUACUUUUCGGCCUCAUCGUCGAACAUAAACAUGAAGAUUGUGCCAGGCGCAGUCACAUUCCAGAAUAUCGAUGAAAUGACAAAGAAAUCGGCACUCAACCCGCCUGGAACCCUGGCCUACAUCACCGAGGAGGAGGCGCUUCUUGUGCGCGUCAACAAGGGAUGGCAAUACAUUGCGCUUGGAACCCUUGUGCCGAUCGCCACGCCCGCGCCGCCCACCACGGUGGCGCCAUCGAUGCGCUUCGACCUGCAAUCGAAAAACCUGCUGAACAGUCCACCUCCCCCGCUCAACACGCCCACGUUUACCACCGCGCCCGAAUACGAAACGUGGUAUCCGCGAAUGCUCCGCGUGGCUGCACUGAACGAGCCCUCCGUCGGCGACCUGCAGGGAAUACGCGGCGCGGACUUUGCCUGCUACCGGCAGGGAAGACGAGCCGGCCUGCUGGGCACCUUCAAGGCGUUCCUCUCCUCGAGGGUACAGAACCUGGACUCCAUUGUCCGUCCUGCUGACCGGGACCUGCCCGUGGUGAACACGCGCGGCGAUGUGCUCUUCAACUCGUGGAAGGGCAUCUUCAACGGACAGGGCGGCUUCUUCUCCCAGGCGCCACGCAUCUACAGCUUCAGCGGCAAGAAUGUGAUGACGGAUCCGCUAUGGCCCUUGAAGAUGGUCUGGCAUGGAUCGCUGCCGAAUGGAGAGCGCUCCAUGGACACAUACUGCGAUGCAUGGCAUUCGAGUGCCCACGACAAGAGUGGGUACGCCAGCGAUCUCGCGGGUCAUAAGCUGCUCGAGCAGAAGCGACAGCCCUGCGAUGGCAAGUUGAUUGUGCUCUGCGUAGAGGCCCUCUCUCAGGAUCGGAAGCGGAAGAAGCGGGACGCCAUUGACAGCCACAGUCACAGUCGCGGUCCCAGUCGCAGCCAAAAUCGGGAGUUCCGUACAGCAGACGAGUAUGCAGCGCAUUUGGACGAUUUACUGCUGUAAGCGGGAUGGUCCCAUGGAAGAACAAUAACAGAACAAACCAUUCUCAUACAUAAAAGAGGAACCAGAACCAGAACAAGAACAAGAACAAGGCAAAUCACGGACACUGGCACAGACACACCACACCCACAUUAAAUGUAAACGUAAAUCAUGGCCAUGCAUAUAAUCAGCGAAUUCCAAACAGAAACCAAAAAGAGAAUACUCAGACGACAGAUGGAGAAUAGGAUGCAUAUAAGUACAUACAAUACAAUAUAUUACCGUACACACAUAAAUACUUGUCGUAGGUAAUACCUAAUAUACAUAUGUAUGUACAUGUAUUUUGA